UGUCGGUUGGAAGCGGCAGUCGUCGUGCGAACGGGCAGACGGGGUGGCACUAGAUACCAAGAAAUUUCUUGAUUAGGGCUUGGUUAAAUCGGUACAAUCUGGAAAGAAUGCCAUUCCGGCUCUAACUAAGUUUGAAAAAUAUAUUGUGCAAUAAUUUCGUAAUAAUUGUGAGAUAAAUCAGCACAGUAUAUGCGGACAGUCCCGGCCAUGGCUUUAACCAGGCCUUUUUGCGCACUUCUUUUAAUAUCAUGUGUAGCAGCACAGCGGUUCAGUGCACAAGUGGGACCCGGAUUAACACAACCUCCAUUACCGGCCGGCACUCCACGACCACCGACUGGCGCUAGCGCCUCGGAAUCUGUUUCUUUGGGUCAGGGUGCGGGAAUAUCAGGAUCCGCUUCCCUGGGCGGUCACGGUGCCGGGGCAUCCGGACAUGUUUCGUUAGGCGGACAGAAUGAUAACCGCGGAACAGUGUCAGGCGAGGCAGCAGCCGGCGGGCAGUAUUCCGGCUAUGAUCAUGGCGGAUACGGUGUCGACGCUUCGGGACAUGCUGCCGGCGGCCAAGCCUCCGGUAGCGUCAGCCUAGGUGAUCCCAGCAGCGAAUACGAUCCAGCGCGACAGCAGUACGGGCCCGGUAACGGUCAGUAUGAUACACGUGAUCAGGCUGGAGUCGGUGGACAGUAUGACGGUCAGCAAGGCUGGGAAGGCGACAAUCGUCAACAACCGGGACAAGACGGCCAGGAUCGCUAUGAAUAUCCCACCGAGGCGCCUCAGGUACCGGAUCAGCACAGUGGCUAUGGUGAUCGCAACGAAGAGGAUCGCCGAUCGGGAACGUCGUACGAUCCACGAACGAAUCCACGAACGGAUCCGCGAUACGCUCCCUCCCAGUAUCCGGGUUAUGAUACGUCGCGAGGAGACCCACGCCAAGAUCCUUCCAGAGGCGAUCCACGAUACGAUGCGUCACGUGGGGAUCCGCGGUAUGACCCUAGACAGCAAGGUGGCGGUUCUGGAGCCCUUUACCCGGUAACCUUGAAAACUUUUGUACUUUCCGAAAACUCCAUCUUCGUGUAUUGGGUGGAUCCGUAUAAUCAAAAAGGCCGAGGACAGCAACAACAAGGUGGCAACACCAGAUACACGGUGAAAUACUCGAAGGGUUAUGGAGGUGCCGGUUCCGAAAACACUCAGGAGACAGCAGAGAAGGAACUGCGAUUGACGGAUCUCGAGCCGGGAACUGACUAUUCGUUCUCUGUCAAAGUGGAUCGAGAUGGGCGAUCUAGCGGUUGGAGUGCGCCAGUCCGAAAUCGAACACUAGAGCAGUUGCCGUUGCAACCGCCUUCCAAUAUCAAAGUGGACACCCGCGAUCGUGACGCUACCGUGACGCUGUCGGCGCCCGACGGAAUGAAAGGGCACGUCAGUCAAUAUCUCUUCUUAUACGCGCCCAGCGGCGGUUCCAGCGGCAGUCGUCAGUGGACUGAACAGCAAGUGUCCGGCUACUCGUACGACGGACGACCAGUUACCGUAGUUCUGCGCAACCUGCAGCCGGAUGAGGAAUACUUCUACACCGUACAAGCCAUCAACUCGCGUGGGUCCGGGCCGUUUUCCGAGAUCCAGAGCUUCAAAGUUCCUGGCUACGGAUAUCCACCGGGACCGGGCGGCUCAGCCUAUCGACCGGGCUACGGUGGCCCCACCACACCCGGUCCGUACAACCGCUAUCCCGGUCAUUCCUGGGAUCAGCAGACGACUCCUUCACCGUAUCCCGGAGCGCCGGCACCCUACUAUCCACCCGAACCCGCUCCCUACUAUCCAGAAGACCCGCGGUAUGAACAGACCACCGAAGAUUACUAUGCUCGCUACUACACCUCGACACCUGAUUACUACAAUCGGGGUCAACAGGAGACGACAAGCUGGGGACCGUAUUGGGGCGCCGCGGCUGGCAGUGGAGCAUCGGCCAGUGGGCAGGGGGCCAGUGCGGGCGGCAGCGCUAGUGUGAGCGGGUCAUAUGGUAAUAACAACUACGGUGGAGCAUACGGCGGCAGUCAUGGUAGCUCUAGCUCGUACAGUAGCAGUGGUGAUGCUAGUGCGGCUGGUGGCUCUGGAGCAGCACCCAAUCCCAAUGCACCGCCUCCGACCGAUUUAAAGGCGGAAAAUCUGGAAGGUGGUCUGGAAAUACUGCUCACUUACAACCCACCCACGGAUGUAACCGCAAAAUUUUAUGACAUUUACUACAGUGACAAUCCUAACACUCCCGACGACCAGUGGCAGAAAGAACAGGCCAUUGGCGAAGACCUGCAAGCCGUUUUCGGUGUCAAUCAGUAUCAGAAACAAUGGAUUUACAUCAAGAUGAGGACUGUUACGGCAGAGGGCGCCGGUGAAUUCAGCCAAGCUAUUCCCCACUUUGUGGACGAAGUCCGUCCUCCGGAAGCAGCUGCUGGAGACAGGUCACGCGAAGGCCAAGACCAGAGACAUGACCAGGAGCACGAACAAUCCCGCGAGGGAGAUGCUCAGGCGGGAGCGGAACAUGACCAAGAAGAUCAAUAUGCCCCCGAGGAUGAGGAAUCAGCAAGACACCAGCCGGGGCACGCACAUGCCGAAGCGGAUGCGAGGCACAGUGGCCGUGGCGGUGUAUCCGUUUCCGGGCAAGCAUCAGCAGGCGGCGUAUCAGGACAGGCAUCAGCGGGCACCGGAGGUAUAUCCGGACACGCGGGAAUCUCGGGUCACGGCGGUAUUUCCGGGCAGGCUUCUCUCGGAGGUGGUCGGGCAUCGGUCGGGGUGUCUGGCUAGUUCAGUGCAUUUUUUCGGUUUUUGAGAACGUGAUAUUUCAUUUUAUUGUUUCAAGAUGUAAAAGAAAUUCAUGGGUUAUGUGAGUGGUAACGUGCUUUCAUUAUUAUUAUUUUGUUUAUCUUGUUAUGCGCACGAAACUACUAGGGCCGACUCGGUUUAAAUUUAUUCAUAUAGUACAUACACCUUGGAAUUUAAAAUCCUUAAAACAUUUAAAACAA